AUGCUGUCCACCGCAAGAUCGAGGGCCAUCUGGCAGCUCUCUCGUAGAGCUCAGGUCUCUGCAAGGAGGUCCUAUAGCUAUACCGCCAAUGAACAGCGGGGCACCAAUGACCCAAACAAGCCGAAGGAGGUACCCAAUGUCUCCAAGACCAACGAACUGCCAACCGAAACGAUACACCAGGAUGCGCCAUUACAGGAGAAUGUCGAGGAUGCCGAACGGCUGAGGGUUGCGCAGGCGCCCAACCGGGCCACUACGUGGUCGCGGAGUCAGAAACCGAGAGGACAAGCAAUGACUGGGCCUCGAUUUGAGCAGACUAUCAUGGAGCUUCAGCCAGCGCCCCAAGCAGCUAUCUCCCUGAUCCACAAGCAGCCGGUACGAUGGACACAUGAACGUGUUGUUUCAUGCGAUGGAGGUGGCGGUCCAUUGGGGCACCCAAGGAUCUUCAUCAACACCGAUAAACCUCAGAUUUGCCAGUGCACAUACUGCGGUCUUCCAUUUGCCAAUGAGCAUCACCGAAAGCACCUUGAAUCCCUUCCAGAGACUUCCUACCCUCUGUCAGCCCAAGGUGACGUCGCCGAAAUUCCCGAAUCUCAGCGAAUUACGAACGAGGCACUCGGACAACGAUAA